AUGAGGAGAGAGAAUGUCACUGUGGUGAGUGAGUUUGUUUUCCAGGGUUUCGCCAGCUUCCAUGAGCACCAGCUCACCCUCUUUGUCGUGUUCCUUGCACUGUACAUUUUAACCCUGGCUGGCAACGUCAUCAUAGUGACCAUCGUCAGUAUUGAUCGUCACCUCCACACACCCAUGUACUUCUUCCUCAGCAUGCUGUCCGCCUCAGAGACCAUGUACACACUCGUCAUCAUACCACGUAUGCUCUCCAGCCUGGCUGGCCUGGAUCAGCCCAUCUCCCUGGCUGGUUGUGCCAUCCAAAUGUUCUUCUUCAUCACACUGGCCAUCAACAACUGCUUCCUGCUCACAGCAAUGGGGUACGACCGCUACGUGGCCAUCUGCAACCCUCUGAGGUAUGCGCUCAUCAUGAACAAGAGGGUAUGCGCCCAGCUGGUGGUGGGCGCCUGCAGCGUUGGGUUGUUGGUGGCUGUAAUUCAGAUUUCCAGUAUAUUCAGGCUGUCCUUCUGUGACAGAGAGGUGGCUCAUUUUUUUUGUGACCUCCGACCUGUGAUGAAACUGUCUUGCACAGAUACCACUGUGCAUGACAUAAUUACUUUUAUCAUCAGCUCUCUGGUUAUCGUGGUGCCCAUGGGCCUGGUCUUCAUCUCCUAUACCCUCAUCAUCUCCACCAUCCUCAAGAUCGCCUCAGCCGAGGGCCGGAAGAAGGCCUUCGCCACCUGUGCCUCCCACCUCACUGUGGUCAUCAUCCACUAUGGCUGUGCCUCCAUUGCCUACCUUAAGCCCAAGUUAGAGAACACCAGGGAUCAGGACCAGCUGAUCUCCGUGACCUAUACCGUCAUCACCCCCCUGCUGAACCCCGUGGUGUACACCCUGAGGAACAAGGAGGUGAAGGACGCCCUCCGUCGUGCGAUUGGCAAGAAAUCUCUCGUCUAG